AUGCUUCGUUGCAAAAUUGUGCCGUCGUCUUGGAUGUCACAUCUCGUUCAGGGCUAUGUACGUGGUUUGAGCACAGAUCCCACACCAAAAGUGGCAUUUGAAAAAGUGGGGGAAAAGAGUGAAAUUAACGAAUCCAUAUCGAUUCCGCCAUCGACGUCCGAUCCUUUGGAAGCUCUGCGGAAAACGGAAAGCUCUACUAAUGCCCUGAGCGAUUCUACCCGUGGUCAAUCCGAUCAGGUGACAACCACGAGCACUUUGACCGGCGGGGCAGCCACAGCCGUAGGUACCGUUCCUCCUGAAGAGACUCGCAGCUUAUUUGCAGAAUGGGAGGAGGCUAUGGCCAAAAAGAGCUCUAUAUUCGCCAACCAAUUCGAUGUGGCCAACUACCCCGGCGAUCAGGCUUUGAAACAGAACCUCAGUUUCGACGAAGUUCCUGGUCCGGCUGUUUUGAAAUACAUAGCUCAGGCGUGGAGUUACAUACCUGUCGUUGGUACGCAGCUUACAGCUUGCGCAAUGAUUCUUGCGUUGAAUGCUGGUAAGACCCUACAAUGGUCUCGAAACGUACAGCCUUUUGAUAGACUAUUCGAUCGAUAUGGACCUGUUGUAAGAUUAAGGGGUCCUUUUGGCGGAGAUUUAGUUCUUCUUAACCGACCUGAACAUAUGGAAGCAGUUUAUAAACAAGAGGGCAGAUUUCCUGUACGAUCUAGCUUAGAUUGUGUUGAACACUAUAGAAGGGAAUACAGAAGAUACCAAAGUCCUGGACCAUUUAUUAUUUGUGGACCAGAUUGGGAACGUUUGCGAGCAAAGAUUGACAAUCCAUUGCAAAGGAGUGCAGCUUUGUUGCAUGGCAAAAUUGAGAAUGCUUGUGAAGAAUUAGUAGCUAGAGUUAUGCGCAUUCGAAAUAGACAAGAAGAGGUGCCUGAAGAUUUUCAGCAAGAGUUAUUUAAGUGGAGUAUGGAGUCUUUAUGUGCUGUACUGUUCUCGAAGAGAUCUGGGUUUUUAGACCCUCAUGGUGUAGCAUUUAAUUCAGAACAAGCGCGAUUGCUGGAUGCAAUGCAUGCUGCUACAAAUAGCAUUAAGAGUUGUGAAACUGGUCUUCAGACAUGGCGUUUCUAUGAGAGCCAUUCUUGGAAAUCUCUUGUAUCCAACUGUGAUAUUAUUGAUUCGAUCAUAAGUAAACACAUCAGAUUGGCGCAAAGUAGCUUAAGAGCAAAAAAAGAACGUCUGGAGGGAAGAGCGGCUGAUGAAGGUGCUCAAUCCGCUAUAGAUACUACAGCAGCAGCGAAUGAAAAAAGUUGUGAUAUUUUUGGAUCCUUUGCAUCCACCCCUGAAUUGCCUUUAAUCGAAACCUUACUGCUUCGAGAGGGUAUGCAGGCUGAGGACAUACUGACUGUGCUCCUGGACAUGAUUCUUAUUGGCGCAAAUGCUACAACUAGUGCGAUAAGUUUUGUGCUUUAUCACUUGGCCAAAUCUCAAAGAUCUCAAAGAGUUUUGUUUGAUGAACUGUCGAGAGUAAUGCCUACUAGGGACAGCAGAUUGACACCACAAGCUUUACAGGAUUGCCCAUAUUUAAAAGCAUGUGUAAUGGAAAGUUUAAGGCUCAAACCUCCAAUUCCUGUCAUAACCAGAAUCCUUCCUAAGGAAAUAACCCUCCACAGCUAUAACAUUCCUAAGGGAACAUAUAUGUUGAUGGCAAAUCAAAUUGCGUGUCUUCGAGAAGAAAACUUUGAAGACGCUAAAAAGUUCAUGCCUGAACGUUGGAUGAGGUGUGAUGAACGUGACAUACAUCCAUUUGCCACCAUUCCAUUUGGUUAUGGUCCUAGAAAUUGUCUUGGUAAAGGAACGGCACAAAGACAAUUAUGGCUUGUCACUGCUAAGCUGAUUCGUAAUUUCAAGAUAGAGUAUCACUAUGGCGAUAUUGGUUCUUCAACAAAACUGUUUUGUGAGCCAAAUCGACAUUUGAAGUUUAGAUUUGUAGAUCGAGAUUAAUUUAAGUCAGUUGGCUAUUAUAAAAGGAAC